CUGUUAUUCGAACGUUGGUCGGCGUGGUGGAAGGCAGGAUGUUUCUAUUGGUUAUGGUUGUCUUAGACUGGGAACCCCAAUCCACGAGAUAAAGCAUGUACUUGGGUUUUUCCAUGAGAUGGCUCGUCCUGAUCGAGAUCAGAGUGUUGAGAUUCAUUGGGAAAAUAUUAAAGAUAGUAAGCAACUUUUUUGGUAUACGCUUCUCAUAAAUUAAAAAUAAGGUAUUUUUAUUAUAUCUGUAUUCAAUUUCCAAUCUAAUGGAGAGUAAUUCUGUGCUAUUACCGUGAAGUCAUGAUAGCCUGAGAAAGAGGUGUUGAUAGCAUCUUCUAUAAUGUUUCUAUGCAUGUAUUCAGAACUUUACGCCUUACACUGAACAUUCGUUUACUUUCUCCCAUUAAGGCCCGUUUACACUUGCUGAAACUUUAGUACUGUCCAAAUUGGAUAUAUAAUUUAUAUAUAUAUAUAUAUAUAAUGGUUUGAUGUCCCACAUUCGUGAGACAUCAAAGGUAACUAUUUAUAGUGGUUACUUUCAUCCUGCUCAUCAGCACUACACUGAUGAGGCCCAAAAGGCCGAAACGGUAACGUCUAUAUAUAUAUAUAUAUAUAUGUACCAUCUGAACAUUCAUAAUUCAUCCACUCGUUCACAUGCGUCAGAAGAAGAAAAUCGCACUAAUUGCAAAAAUUGUAAACCGGCCUUUAUGCUUGAGUGCAUUUCCUCAGCCCUGUUUUAUACUGGGCGAAAUGACCAUAAUGAAAAACACAUCGAAGCAUUGAACACUUCAUGGGUUAAUCUGGCUUGGGUUAAUGUUUAAUUCCCCAAAAUUAAUUUAAUCAAAAUAGAAUUCAUAUUAGAUGUAUUUUACAUUAAAACUGAUAUUCUAAAAGAGUUUUGCCCGGUAAAGGUGAGGACAACAUUUUUGCAAUAAAAUAUGAAUAAUGUAAUAUAUAUAUAUAUAUAUAUAUAUAUAUAUAUAUAUAUAUAUAUAUAUAUAUAUAUAUAUAUAUAUAUAUAUAUAUAUAUAUAUAAUUAAUUAAAGUUCUCCGGAUUGAAAUAUACUUUUAUUGAGCUUUCGAUCGACUCGGUACUUCGAGCCUUCUUCAGAAUUCUUCUUCGAGCCUUCUUCGAGCCUUCUUCAUUCUGAAGAAGGCUCGAAGUACCGAGUCGAAAGCUCAAUAAAAGUAUAUUUCAAUCCGGAGAACUUUAAUUAAUUAUAAUAUGCCUGGAUUACAAAUCUUUAAACAUACAUAUAUAUAUAUAUAUAUAUAUAUAUAUAUAUAUAUAUAUAUAUAUAUAUAUAUAUAUAUAUAUAUAUAUAUAUAUAUAUAUAUAUAUAUAUAUAUACUAUAGUACAUUAUCACUAAUAAUAUAUGCAUGCAAAAAUGUUAAGAAGGUGAUUGUUAACAACUGACAUGACAGUACUUCGUAUGACCAUAGUAUGACAGUACUAUUCCUAUACACCACCUGCUUAUGAAUUAAUAACCUCUCCAUGUUCUUAAGGCGGAUCUCCACUGGACGAUUCCACUGGAUCGUCGCGACGAUUUAGAGAGAAGUGAAUAGACCAUAAUUUUAAUAUUUUUAAUAUUUUUAAAUUUGAACUCUAUAACUUUUUCAACUGAAGUUAUGAAUAAUUUUAUGCAUCUAGAUAUUCUAUUGUAGUAUAAUGAGACUUUUUACUGAUGUUUUAACCUAAUAGGUUACAAAUCGGUAUUUUAUUAAAUUAUUAUAAUUAUUAUUAAGUGGAGAUGUACUAGCAGCAUGGAAAAAAGCGUGGAAUCUUAUUGGUUAAAAAUUUGGCGAUCGUUGGCGCUCGACGAAAAAUAGAAGUCAAUCCUAUACUUUUCGUCGAGCGCCAGACGAUUGCUCUUUGAGCAUUUGUUUUUUCAAUUGCGCUGCGCAUGUGUCGUCGCGAACAGUUUUGACGAUCGUCUCAAAAAUCGUCUAGUGGAGAUCCGCCUGUAUAGAUGGAAGGUUUAACAUUGCUAUUAUAGCAAAAAAUAUUCUAUUUGUUUUUCAGAGUUAAAACAUAAUUUCAGAAAAAUACCGAGAUCAUUGGAUAGGAAGCUUAUUCCCUACAACCUUAAUGUAAGUGUUUUCAAAUUAUUCCGAAUAAUUUCACGUCUGUGAUAAUACGCCACGCCGGCAUGAUUUGGGGCGAGUCCAAGCGUAUGGAAAGCCAUAGCUGUCCUAAGUGAUCAAACGGCAUCUUGUUGUGUCCAGUGAACUCUAGUAAGACUGGAACGAUAACUGCAGGUAAACAUGCCCAAACUUGCCUGAAGCCAAAAUGAAGCAAAUCGCGCGAGGAAAUUGCUCUUAAGAACUAAGGAGAGUUUCGAGGAGUGAGAAAUUCAGUCAGAGUUUAUUUUCGACGAAAAUGAGCAAGAAAAGUCGUUUUUCAUCAAAAGACUUCAAUUUUAAAAACCCAAAUACGAUUUAUUUGAUAGUUAGAACUGCUUUGCAUCUCAUAACAGCGAAAGUUUGAAAGGUAUUGUGUCUGUUUUGAUAAAGACGACACUAGUUGAACGUGCCGAAGUGCUCUUUAACUAAAAAAACAACUUUAAAACAUAAAUCCACGGACCAAUACCUGUUUUGUAUUAAAGUCUAGGUAUAGUUGUUUGUUUUGAGUGCUUUUUGACAUCUCUAAAACGUGAAUAAAUCGAUUUUUCCGUAGAAACCCCCCGUGAUUUGCGAUUUGUCGCCCGGGAGAAGUAUCGCGCGCUGUGACUUUCAAAAAAGAACUGGGGAACUUUGUAACUUUGUUUUUUUUAACAAAAAUACGCUGAAAAAUUAGGUUUUUCGUCCGAAGAUUUCAAUUUCAAAGAUUUAAACUUGGUUUUCUGGAAUCUGGAUAGUUCUAAGUAUUCUGCAUUAACUAGCUGCAAAAACGUUUGAGGUAUCAGCUUUAUAUUUGAAAUAUUUAACAAAUUUGAACGUGCCGAAGAAAACUGCGCUCUUCAACUCGCGAAAAAAUAAGGUUUGAAUCUCUCUACGUUCACGAAACUUGUUUUGGAGUAAAGUUCAAGUAUUGUUGUUUGUGUAAAAAAAAUCGGCGUCCUUUUGAUGGUGUAAUUUCGGCCUUUGGCCUUCAUGGCGGCCUUCAAUUUGUCCUCAAAGAUGGUGGCCGAGUUGUCGUUCCAGUCUUAUUAGAGUUCACUGGUUGGGCUUUAGCAUUAUAUGCGGUGCUUUCGGCAUUAUAAGCAGUGCUUGGAGCCAGUGUGUUUGGACAGCGGCUUACGCUGCUAUUGCAUCAUUAUGUGGUAAUAGUGAGCCAGUAUGUUUAGACAGCGGCUUAGAAAGAAUAAUAUUUUUAUUAUACUUCAUGUCUCGAACAUAUUGAUACUUCGAUCACAUAUUAACGUUUACAGGUUUUGCGACGGCAAAUUUUCGCAAUAUAUUUAGAGUUCUUUGAAGGGAAAAAAACGUUUACUUUGAACACGAUUAAUUUUAAAAGAGUGCUAUUUAGUGUUAUAUAGUUUUUUUGUCAUGGACGAAAUACUUCGAUCUCUGGGCAUGUUUUUAAGUUUAGAUAUAGAUAAUGAGAACUACAUUGGUGUCCUAGUAAUAAUUUUAUGUCACAUUAGUCCCUAAAUGUUAGAUCAAAAAGUGUAUACCAUGGCCCCUCGACUUCGUUUUCGUGUUUAAGUUUAUUUCCACAUGUAUGUGUUGACGAAUGAUGUUUCUAUGCAUAUGUUGACGAAUGAUGUUCUGCUUCUGUGACCAUGGCCCGUGAGAAACAAAUUUGAAAUAUAUUCCAUUUAAGGUGGUCUAAGUUGAAAACAGUGUAGUUGUGACGUAAUUACCGGAAAGAUCUAUUGGAAUGGAAACGUGCUUUUCAUUAUUGUCGCUGACUCGUAAACUGCGAGUGUAGUCUACUGCUUCGCUGAUAAGCACUUCUUUGCGAGUUGACUAUGUCGUUAAUUUUGAUUAUAUAUAUUCCUCCUGUAGUCUGUAAUGGAGUAUAGUAAUGAUGCUUUCUCUAAGAAUGGUGGCCAUACCAUAACUGCGAGAGGUGAUCCCUUCAGAAGAUUUGGCCAGCGUUUUGCAUUCAGUGUUGGAGACAUCGUGGAAGUAAACAUACUGUUCGGAUGUCCUGAGUAUAACAGAAGAUUUGAAGGUGUAGACCGUUCUACGAUUAUGUAUCCAUAAGCAUGGUCAGAAAAAGAAUGAAUAAAUUAUAAU